CCCCUUGUGGAGGACAACCGUGCCAGGAAAUAGAGUACAAAUGCCAGUUGACAUUGCGCAAAUUAGACGCAGUGAUGAUUUUCUUCGACACCUAGUUUACAGCCGAAGGCGUCUCCUGUUCCGCAGACUACGCAGUCUCAGUUCAGCCGCACCUACUUUUUUGUACGUAUAUACGUUGGUUUAGUUUUGCGCAUUCCGUAAAUAAAUCUCAUUUUGCUGGUGAUCCCAGUUAUCUGUCAUGACGUACGCCAUGACUACUGCUGUAGCAGUGACAGCUGGAGUGUUGGUGUUCUCAACUGUUGCUCUACUAGGAUACUUGUACCUUGGCAAAAAGAAGAAACCACUGGUCACCUUGCUUGACCCCUCUGAAAAAUACAAACUGAGACUUAUUGACAAAGAGGUUAUUAGCCACGAUACACGCAGGUUUCGUUUUGCCCUGCCAAGCCCACAGCAUGUCCUAGGCCUGCCUGUAGGAAAACAUGUGUACCUCUCUGCCCGGAUUGAUGGAGACCUGAUUGUGCGUCCUUACACUCCUGUCUCCAGUGAUGAUGACAAGGGAUUUGUUGAUCUGGUUGUUAAGAUCUACUUUAAGAAUGUUAACCCUAAGUUUCCCGAAGGAGGAAAGAUGUCUCAGUACCUAGAGAGCUUGAAGCUUGGAGAUGUGAUUAAUGUUAGAGGACCAGGAGGCUUACUCGAAUACAAAGGGAAUGGGCAGUUUGCCAUACAGGCUGAUAAGAAGUCCCCAGCUGAAAUCAAGAAGGCCAGUUCACUGGGUCUCAUCGCUGGUGGAACAGGCAUCACCCCUAUGCUGCAGCUAAUCCGUGACAUUAUGAAGAGCCCUAGUGAUUCUACUAAGUGCAGGUUGCUGUUUGCCAACCAGACUGAGAAGGAUAUCCUCCUGAGGGAUGAGCUUGAAGAGAUCCAAGCCAGACAUCCAGAUAAAUUUAAGCUGUGGUUCACAGUGGAUCAGGCUCCUGCAGACUGGGAGUACAGUUUGGGCUUCAUUGAUGCAGACAUGAUCCAGGAGCAUCUUCCAGACCCCAGUGAUGACUGUAUGAUCCUCAUGUGUGGGCCACCUCCAAUGAUCCAGUUUGCCUGCAACCCCAAUCUGGAUAAGUUGGGCUAUAGGCAGAAUCAACGCUUUACCUAUUAACCAAUAGCCUCUGUGCUCAGCCCAAAGUUGCUACAAAUACAGCCCAGAGUUACUAAAAACACAAUCUUCAAAGCAUUUCCAUAUGCACACACUAUUUUCAGUGGGCCUCACAAAGCAGACUCACCACUGUAACACUGAGAAUCUGAUCAGAUCAGAUCUCAAAUACUAUGUAAGCUCCAGUACAGAUAUUUCAAAUUAACCAUUUGGUGUUCAUGAACAGCAUGAACAUGAAUGUAUGGUAUUAGCUGCUUCAAACUGCCACCCUGACAUUACUGGUGCCUUUAAUUUUUUAUUGUUUAGAGCUAUAUUCGGUGUUUCACUCAGCCAAGUGAGCAUUUAGGUUGUUAUCACAAAAUGUUUAUGCUGAUAUGCACUUGAUAUGUUUUGAUUUUAAUGACAUCUCCAGUUGGAUAUUUUUGCUAUAAUCACUGUUUCUGCAUUCUGUCUGUAUUGAAUUUAUUUGACCAAAAUAUAUGAAUAUGGAAAAAAGA